AUGGCUCGCUUCCUCUCACUGCUUGUUGCCUCGGUGUUGGCUGCUCAGGGCCUCGCCAAGACCAUCGACCAGCUUUACGAUGUGCCUGAAGGAUGGAAACUCCAGGGCCCGGCGGAAGAUAGCCAGGUAAUCAAGCUGCAAAUCGCCCUUCAGCAGGGCGAUGUCGAGGGCUUUGAGCAGGCUGUUUUGGACAUGUCAACUCCGGACCACCCCAAUUACGGACAGCACUUCCAGGACCACGAUGAGAUGAAGCGAAUGCUCCUCCCUAGUCAGGAGACGCUCUCGUCCGUCUAUACUUGGCUAAAUGAGGCAGGUAUUGAGAGCAUCGAGGAGGAUGCCGAUUGGAUGACAUUCAAGACCACCGUUGGUGUUGCCAACAAGGCUCUUGGUACUCAGUUCUCCUGGUUCGUGAGUGAAGAGGCCAAGCCGCGCAGGAUCCUGCGCACUCUUGAAUACUCUGUGCCCGAUGAAGUCGCCGAGCACAUCAACACGGUUCAGCCUACCACUCGCUUCGCUACUAUCCGCGCCAACCACGAGACCUCAAGUCAGAUCUUCGAGAUCCAAGCAAUCCAGUCCACGGCUGCUGCAGACGACUGCGAUGCAUACAUCACUCCAGCUUGCCUGAAGUCUCUCUACAAGAUCGACUACGAGGCCGACCCCAAGAGUGGUAGCAAGGUUGGCUUCGCCAGUUACCUCGAGGAAUACGCUCGUUAUGACGACUACGUCCAGUUUCAAGAGAGGUACCUGCCGGAAGCCACCGGCCAGAACUUCAGCGUCAUCCAGUACAACGGCGGCCUUAAUGACCAGGACUCCGACGACGACAGCGGCGAAGCUAACCUGGACGCCCAGUACAUUCUAGGCACGGGAUCCCCUCUGCCUGUGACGGAGUUCUCUAUCGGCGGCCGUGGUCCCUUGGUCACCGAUCUUGAUCAGCCCGACGAGAACGAUAACUCUAACGAGCCGUACCUUGAAUUCUUCAAGAACGUGCUGAAGCUGCCCAAGAACAAGCUCCCUCAGGUCAUCUCUACCUCGUAUGGUGAGAAUGAGCAGUCAGUGCCAAAGUCAUACGCUUAUUCGGUCUGCAACCUUAUCGCCCAACUGGGUAGCCGUGGCGUUACCGUAAUCUUUUCAUCGGGCGACUCUGGAACCGGCUCAGCUUGUCAAUCCAACGAUGGCAAGAACACUACCAAGUUCCAGCCCCAGUAUCCCGCCUCGUGCCCUUGGGUAACCAGUGUAGGAUCAACCAGAUACCUUAACGAGACCGCCACAUACUUCUCCUCGGGUGGCUUCUCCGAUUACUGGUCUCGCCCUCUCUGGCAGGAGAUCGCUGUAAGGAAGUACCUCAACAAGAUUGGUGACAAGUUUGCGCCUUACUACAACAACAAGGGCCGAGGGUUCCCCGACGUGUCCGUCCAGGGCUUCGGCUUCCGCGUGUUUGACAAGGGAGUUCUGAAGGGCUACCAGGGCACUUCGUGCUCUGCCCCCGCUUUUGCUGGUAUUGUUGGCCUCCUCAACGACGCCAGGUUGAAGGCCAAGCUGCCUCCUGUGGGCUUCUUGAACCCCUUGUUGUACCUCAACCCUCACGCGCUCAACGACAUCACUCUCGGUGGAAGCACCGGUUGUGAUGGCCGCGCACGAUUCCACGGCGCCCCCAACGGCAGCCCUGUUAUCCCCUACGCUAGCUGGAAUGCUACUGCGGGAUGGGAUCCUGUCUCGGGACUUGGUACCCCCAACUUCCCCAAGCUACUGAAGGCCGCGGUGCCAUUUAGGUUCAGAGCUUAG